GUAUCCUGUCGACACUCGGCAUCUGUUAGUGCAUACAUCAAAGUUUUGCCGUUUUCACUCAUGUUACCUGCACCUGUCGUUAACUUUGGCACGUCGUGAAUCCUGCAGUCAAGCUCCCGAGAUAUUCGGACAAGCUUUUGGUAGUCAUAAACGCGAAAUGUGCGCGCCGUGAUAAUUUUGUUUCACAUCCUUUUGUCGAUGACCGGAAUAAGGGUGGAAUAAGCGAAAUAUAGAAAGAGCAGUGUCCGUGAUGUGUUUCGAUGAGUGGCUCAUAUUAGGAUUUUAGGAUCACAUGUCUCUCUCUCUCUCUCUCUCUCGUUCUGUGAAAUCGCGCGGCGCGCGCGAUCGCGGGAGCGCUUAUAUCCACGGCUCGCCUCCCACCAUCGCUGAUCGCGACGGCGGCAAAAUGUGUGUACGUUUACAGCUGUUUGCCAGUCGUCACCGGACCGCCGUGGUGUCUGGCGAAGGUCAUUAACGUCUUCGUCGCCGCCGCCGUCGUCGUUAUCGCGCUGUCGUCGCUGGUGAUCGUUUCCGGCGCGCCGUUAUCGAUCGAUCGUUUCCUAUCGUUCUCGAUUUCACGCCGAUCGCCGGCGCCAGUCUCGCUCCGUGACCGCGAGCGAGGUAGCCGAAAAUGCCAUCGUCGGGAGUCGUCGCGACGCCGGUUAUUUUCGUGAUCGUCUCGCGUAAACGCCCGCUUACGAAAGAAUCGCCGAGGAGCUGAGGAGAAAGGAAGAAAGGAGUCAUCGCGAGAGAGAAGGAGAGAGUGGGGGAGAGAGAGAGAGAGACGCGGAGGACUGUCGCGCGCGGGCGCGCUCGGGCGCGCGCCUCGCGCUCGCUCGUAUCGAUUUCUCGAUUCGCGGCCGAAUCUUGAGGAACGCGAGGGAAGAAACCGCAGUGUCGCGAGACAGUGAUCGAGUGCCCUGAGGGGAGUGCGUCCAUCCGUCGAGGAGGGAGCCGGCGAGAGACCACCGACCGGUUGAAAAACAGUCCGCGCGAUGGGCCUGGCAGACGCUGAUCUGUCUAUGGGCGCAGGAGCAGCGGGAGGAUCUAUUCUCGGCCUUGCCGCUUCGGGUGUCACCGGAGUCGUCACCGGGGUCACCGGUGUCACCGGAGUUGAUAGUAACACUGGCGUCGCCGGAGUCGCCGGAGUCGCCGGUGUCACCGGUGUCCUGUCGCAACAUUGCGCUAUAUGUGGCGAUCGCGCUACAGGGAAACAUUAUGGCGCUUCGUCCUGCGACGGGUGCAAAGGUUUCUUCCGGCGAUCCGUCAGGAAGAAUCACCAGUAUACCUGCCGAUUCAACCGAAACUGCGUAGUUGACAAAGACAAACGGAAUCAGUGUAGAUACUGUCGGUUGCGCAAGUGUUUUAAGGCCGGCAUGAAGAAAGAGGCUGUGCAAAAUGAGAGAGAUCGCAUAAGCAGCCGGAGACCCAGCUACGAAGAACAAUUGGCGAACAACGUCAACGGGCUGUCGGCAGUUCAUUUGCUGCACGUGGAAAUAUUCAACAGACAGCGGACUGAGCCAGGCAGUCCGAACAGCGAGAUCGAUUUCGCAACGAUGAAAUUAGCGAGCAUAGAGGACGUGUGCGAGAGUAUGAGGGAGCAAUUGCUGCUCAUGGUCAGCUGGGCGAAAUCUAUUCCGGCGUUUGGCGAGCUCAUAUUGGACGACCAAGUGGCGUUACUGAGAGCACACGCGGGCGAACACCUGCUGCUGGGGGUGGCGAGGCGCAGUAUGCGCCUCAAAGACACGCUGUUGCUCGCUAACAAUUGCGUUAUCACGAGGACCUGUCCUGUAAUGGCAUUUUGUUCAGAGGGCCGCACUCAGGACGUGGACAUCAGCAGGGUCGGCGCCAGGGUGAUGGACGAGCUGGUGAAGCCAAUGAACGACGUCCAGAUCGACGACACGGAAUUCGCCUGCCUCAAAGCCAUCGUCUUCUUCGACUCGCACGCGCAGGGCUUGAGUGAGGCCGGCAAGGUGAAGCAUAUGCGCACCCAGAUCCAGAUGAACCUCGAAGAUUACAUCAGUGACCGGCAGUAUCACAGCCGUGGACGCUUCGGCGAGAUCCUGUUGAUGCUGCCGGCCCUGCAGUCAAUCACGUGGCAGAUGAUCGAGCAGGUGCACUUCGUCAAGCUGUUCGGGGUGGUGCACGUGGAUACUCUGCUGCAGGAGAUGCUGCUGGGCGGCACCACCACAGAGAUGAACGGCACCGCCGCAUCUUCCGUGUCGAUCGCGAACCCGGCCGGUAGCUACGUCAGCAGCAACGGCAGCCCCACCAGCCCGUUGACCCCCGCCAACGCCGGCUCGCCGCAGGAUCACAUGAUGACCACGGCCGGCAGCCCAGUGAUGAUCCUGAGAGACCUCACGCCCAUCACUGUGCAGGACGACGCGACGGUGUCCAGCUACAGGCUUUUCAAGCAGGAACCGAGCCUGGAGACCGAGCCGUCCUUCUGACUAGAGGACGACGGGCUGAGCCCGCCAAGCCUGCUGAGCUUGCCCGGCGAAGCUCCGUUGAGCGUGCAAUGAGCAAGAUGACGCCCAGAGCUUGUAAUUUCGCGCCCGGUACUCUUCGCUGCAGCAUCGGUGAAAGGUCGUUACGCGGCCCGUCGUUCAGUGAGUGUGCCAUGUAUGUACGCGAAGCUCGGACGUACCUGUUUAUAUCGGACCCUCGUGGCCACGUCUGCGACGCGUCUGCGUCGCGUCGGUCAGCGUGAGUAAAGGAAUGCGGGUCCGCGAACCAGCGAUCGGUGAGCCUUUGGCUCUGAGAAAUAAAAUGUAAUUUCUGACAAUUUUACGCAAUCCNCCCAAUGUUUCCAAAAGUCGUGGUGACGCAUUAAAACGUGACGCGCUUUUAUAUAAUUUCUAAUUCCGCAAUUGUCCCCCAAUCCGUUCUUGUAAUUUUAAGAGGCCGAGUGAACGUUCACACAGCCUCUCCCGUUUAUAAGUCGAAAUUUCUGCUCAGGGAAACGAACUCAAAUUUUUUUUUAAUUCCGGGGAUCGAGAGUUGAAAAAUAGCUUCUAAUUCUGAUCUAUUAGUUUGUUGAUUUUCGCGUGGUGAAGGACUGACUGAACAGUGAUCGGCUUUUAAGAGCGGGAAACGCUUUUUGACGGAAAUUAUGUAAUAUAUUUUAUUACUUAGCGCGAAAGGCUAAAGAAUUACUACAUUCGUCGUAGAUCCAACCUAGAUUUCCUUGCGAAGCUGGAAGGCUCACAUCUCGACGCAUUGACAGCCAAGUAAGAUAAAGUAAGGCUUUUUACACAUUGGAGCUGUUUAGCCGGUAGGCCAAUAAAAUUGCGUUUUCAACGCAAAUUGCAGUGAAAAUUUGUGUCGUAAUAUCAAUAUGUUUCAUUUGAACCGUUUGAAUUUUUACACGUUGUUCGGGCAAUUUCGAUAAGCGAAUAAUAUUGUUUGUUAUUUUAACGAGAUUUUACAGGCCGCGCACGAUAUUCCGCGCAACAUUGUCGGCUGUCAGUGUAUUAAUUGCGAUUUUUCAAAACACGCGUGAAAGAUAUAGAUUCUCGCGCGGCGCUAUUUAUAAGUAUAACGUUUAGGACAGAAAUAUUUCGUUAGUGUUAUCGGGGUAUCUUACACGUUAUCGAGCGAGCUGCAUAUCAGCGUCUCGUAUCGAAAGAUAUCGGGAGAUCGACGUUUCUGGAGUAUCCUGUUGAUAUCGAGCCGUCUUUUCGUGGAGACGAACAAUCGCAUUUUAAUUUUUUAAUCCUAAUUUAUUCACGGCACGACGUAUCGUGCCCAGAGGGGGUGUAUACCCUCUCUGGGAAUUUUGAUACCAAAUUUUCUUUUGUACAUAAUCGCGACAAAACGAAAGUGGAAACGAUGAGGAACGAAUUGGACAGCGUAGAAAGUAACCAAAAAAAAAAGUCGAAAGAUUGCAAUAGCGCGUACAAAAUCGGAUAUUCCGCGAAAAGUCAGAUAUUUGAUAGUAAAAUUACGAUAAUAAUGAAGAUUUCGAUUUUCUGCGAUAUUGGACGAGAAAGGAACAAAGCCAAGAACAAAAAUUCAAGUACAAUGGUAAGGCGCGAAACUGACGGAACGGGGGACUUUUUGCGAAAGUUUCCGCGAUGCAAGUACGAGGAAAUAUUAUACGUGAAUUGUGUGAUUGACGUUCUGCUCAAAUAAUUGCUCAAGUAUAACGAAGCUCUAUGCACGUCGUUUAUCGUUUUUAGUCAUAGCGUUAAAUCAAAUGUGAUUGUCGACGUCGUUGGUCCAAGAAACUCGGUCGGACUGGGUAACGAAUCGAGAUCGGAGUGUACGUUAAUACACGUAGCAGUUUCUCUCUCAUGAGAUGUAUAAAAUACAUAAAUAUAUAUAUACGUCUCGUGCAUGUGCGAAAAGUAUGAGAAAAAAAAAUAUAUAAAUAUAUAUGUGUAUAUAUUGUCGCGGGAGAAAAAUGUAACGACGUGGAGAAAUUCCGAGCCCAGUCUGCGCAGCGUACUGCAUAGAAAGUCAUGUUUCGCAGUAUACAAAUUAAAAAUCCGCACCUGUACAAAUAAAACGAUCGAUCGCCGACCAAGAUAAAUGUGAUAAGCGAUAAGAUCGUAUCUUGCCAUUACUAUUGCUGCAACAGGAGAGAGAUAGCUGUUCAAGCACGACAGCUUGUUUCCGAAAUCCAUGCUGAAAACCAAAUCGAAUGGCUCGCGCUGGGCAACUACGCAAUGAUGACAAUUAGCGUAAUUUAAUAGGAGGCGGAGAACCUGCGGCCAACUAUCGUUCGUACGUACGCAGGGAUGCACGUUUGUACGCGGUCGACGAAUUCAAUGGGGAGAAAUGGAUUUUCAAAUGGUGCGCCUGCGUUAUGUCGACUUCGACCCGUUAAUACAUCGACUCUGUUAAAUACGCGAGUUAUCUCGCAUCGGGUUUCCUUUCGGCGAGUGUUUCGCCAAAUAAUAAGCAGAGUGAAUUGAGAAUUGACCGAAAUUAAUAUAACACGCUGUUAAAAACGGCGUCCGUUGAAAGCUUCCCUGAUGUUAUUGUGGCAGUCAUAGCGUUAACUGGGUCAUUUUCGAAUGAAAAACGUGCCACCCCAGUAGCGAGAAAUGAGAAGAGGCGAGUUCAUUCGUCCGUUUCUUCCCCUUUUGCAUUGACGAGCAUCAACUCGUUUUUUUCAGUUGAUACA